AUGGAGGAGCAAGUAGUGAGCCAAUCAACAGUAACUCAUCUUCUUCAACACACAUUAAGAAGCUUUUGCAUUCAUGAUAACUCAGAAUGGGUUUAUGCUGUCUUUUGGAGGAUCUUGCCUAGAAAUUACCCUCCUCCCAAAUGGGAUACUCAGGCUGGAUCAUAUGAUAGGUCAAGAGGCAACAGAAGAAAUUGGAUAUUGGCAUGGGAGGAUGGGUUUUGUAAUUUUGCAGCAUCAACAGCAGCAGCAGCAGCAGCAGCAGACACAAACUCGGACGCCGACUGCCGGCGAUAUGCAAACCAUGAAUAUCAAUGGCUUCAACCGGAGCUUUUCUUCAAGAUGUCCCAUGAAAUUUACAAUUACGGCGAAGGAUUAAUUGGGAAAGUAGCAGCAGAUCAGAGUCAUAAAUGGAUUUUUAAGGAGCCAAGUGAUCAAGAAAUUAAUUUUUUGUCUACUUGGAAUAACUCAGCUGACUCACAUCCAAGGACUUGGGAGGCUCAGUUUCAGGCUGGUAUAAAGACGAUUGCUUUGGUUGCUGUUGGAGAAGGUGUCAUUCAACUGGGAUCCAUUCACAAGGUGAUUGAAGAUUUGAGCUUUGUGGUGAUGCUAAGAAAGAAGCUGAGCUACAUAGAGAGUAUCCCAGGAGUACUACUCCCACACCCAUCAUCCUCACUCUACCCUUUCAAACCAGAAGCCUACAACACACCCGAACUUUGGCCGCCAUUCCACGGCGGCGCUGGCGGCAGCAGCGGUUCGCCAGUGGCUUACAAUCAACCAUUGAACAUAACUCCUUCAAUGAGCAGCCUUGAAGCCCUCCUCUCGAAACUCCCAUCUGUCGUGCCGGUUUCACCCCCACCACCGCCAGCUCCACUAUUUGGCGAGGCGGUGCCUCCACAUUUCGUGGCGGUGUCGCCGGAGAAGGAGGUGGUGGAGGAGAUAAAAGAUGUGGGAGAGUGUAGCAGUUCUAUGUCUUAUGGCCAUCACCAGCAGCAUUUUCAACAUCAUGAUGUAAAUGUAAGCAGCUGUAUGACCAAUAAUAGGUAUUAA